UUCACCCCGCGGCGGGGCCGGCUGAGCCGGGACGCAGCCAAGGGUGCUCGGUGCCUCCGAGGCCACGUGCGCCCCACUCUCCAAAGCCAAGCGGGCUUCCCACGCGGCCGUCCUGUCUCAGGGCAGAACGAUGAGGUUCCCAGGCGAGCCCGUGUCUGAUGGGCCUUCGUUCCCGGCUCCUUGCAGGCUUCUCACGGCAUUCAGCAGCAGCAUUGCUGUAACCGACAGAGACACCUUCGAAUUAAGCACAUUCCUCGAUUUCAGCAAGGCCCCGCGUUAUGGCCGAGAUGAGCUUCCUGAGCAGCGAGGUGUUGGUGGGGGACUUGAUGUCCCCCUUCGACCAGUCGGGUUUGGGGGUUGAAGAAACCCUAGGUCUCUUAGACGACUACCUGGAGGUGGCCAAGCACUGCAGACCGCAUGGGUUCUCCAGGGACAAGGCUAAGGCGGGCUCCUCCGAAUGGCUGGCUGUGGACGGGUUGGUCGAUGCCUCAGACAACGGCAAGGAGGAUGCCUUCUCCGGAACAGAUUGGAUGGUGGAGAAAAUGGAUCUGAAGGAGUUUGACUUCGAUGCCCUAUUGAGUCUAGACGACCUGGAAAUUAUGCCAGCCGAGCUUUUGGCCACGUUGGAUGACACCUGUGAUCUCUUAGACCCUUUAGUCCAGGAGACGAAUGAGCCCCCCCAGACAUUGAACCCAAUUGGCCAUCUCCCAGAAAGUUUUCCACAAACUGACCAGGUUGCCCCAUUGACCUUCCUGCAACCUCUGCCCCAUUGCCCCGGAGUCCUGGCCUCCACUCCAGACCAUUCUUUUAGUUUAGAGCUCGGCAGUGAAGUGGAUAUUUCCGAAGGAGACAGAAAGGCAGAUUCCUUUCUGUAUGUUACCGCGGUCCCUCAGUGCAUAAAAGAGGAGGAGGCCCCUUCAGAUAAUGACAGUGGCAUCUGCAUGAGUCCUGAAUCCUGUCCAGGAUCUCCCCAGCACAGCCCCUCCACCUCUGGGGGCUCUCCAGAUAGGAGCUUGCUGUCUCCACCUGCUCUCGGUGGCUCUGCUCGCCCCAAACCUUAUGAUCCUCCUAGAGAGAAGGUGGUAGCAGCAAAAGUAAAGGGAGAGAAAUUGGAUAAGAAACUGAAAAAAAUGGAGCAGAACAAGACAGCAGCCACUAGGUACCGUCAGAAAAAGAGGGCAGAGCAGGAGGCCCUCACGGAUGAGUGUAAGGAGCUAGAAAAGAAAAACGAGGCUUUGAAGGAGAGGGCAGAUUCUCUGGCCAAGGAGAUCCAGUAUCUGAAAGACUUGAUAGAAGAGGUCCGCAGGGCCAGGGGGAAGAAAAGGGAUUCCCUAGGGUAGUCAGGAAUGGGUGCUUGUAUAUAGGAGGCUUGCGCUGAAGCUGUGUUGUAAUAAAUUAUUUUGUAGUGAAA